GUCAUUUCCUGUAUAAAUAUUGCUCGGUCUUGCAGUGGGGUAGGGACAGCACGAACGCCGUGGCUUCUUCUCUCCUUUCAUUGCGCUUCUCUCGUCCAGGCGCGUUAGCUUCUGCUAGACUUCACCAGACGUAUAGAGCAAUUGCAUCCAGCAGCACAUCCAGCAUGCCACCCGUAUCGAAGCCUGCACACGACCUAUACGACUAUGUCGUGAUCGGAGGUGGCAGCGGAGGUAUCGCCUCUGCAAGGCGUGCUGCGAGCUAUGGCAAGAAGGUUGCACUAAUAGAGGAGACGCAUCGGCUUGGUGGGACGUGUGUUAAUGUCGGGUGUGUGCCUAAGAAGUUAAUGUGGCACGCUGCAGACAUCGCCGAAAAGGUUCGUCAUGCAGCGUCGUAUCAAUUCAAAGGUACAGGAGUCGGUGAACCUAAGUUCUCUUGGGGCGAAUUCAAGACCCAACGAGACGCAUAUAUCAAGCGUCUGAACGGGAUCUAUGAAAGUAACCUCCAAAAGGACAGUGUUGAAAAACACCAAGGACACGCAGAACUGAUUUCCCCCGAUCACGUACGCGUAACGCGCGGAGAUGGGACUUCGUACGAGUUGAAUGCGCGGAAUGUGUGUAUUGCUGUUGGUGGACGCCCGACAAUACCAAGAGACGAUCAGAUACCUGGUGCGAGUUACGGUAUUAACUCGGAUGGGUUCUUCGAUCUUGAACAACAGCCCAGGAGGGUUGCGGUUGUUGGUGCGGGAUAUAUCGCUGUUGAACUUGCGGGGAUCUUCCAUACGCUUGGGAGCGAGACGCAUGUGCUUAUUAGACAUGAACGCGUGUUGAGGACGUUUGAUCCGGUUUUGCAGGAUACGCUGACGGACUGGAUGGAGCAUACUGGAGUGAACAUUCAUAAGAAGACGCAGAUUAAACGCGUCGAAGCUCCCCAGGGCAAAGGCGGUCCGCUCACUCUCCACCUCGAUACGGGAAAGACACUCGAAGUGGACUUGCUCCUCUGGGCUAUUGGUCGACACGCCAAUACUGAAACACUUGGCCUUCAAUCCGUCGGAGUCAAGACGACGGAAAAGGGCGAUGUUGUCGUCGACGAAUGGCAAGCUUCGAACGUUCCUAACGUUUAUUCCAUCGGAGACGUAACCGGAAAAUGGCUUUUGACUCCUGUUGCGAUCGCUGCUGGACGAAGGCUUGCGAAUAGGCUCUUUGGCCCGGAGAAGUUCAAGUCAGACAAACUUGUGUAUGAAGAUAUCCCGACUGUGGUGUUUAGUCAUCCGCCGAUUGGGACUGUUGGGUUGACGGAGCCUGAGGCGAGGAAGAAGUAUGGAGAUGAUAAAGUCAAGAUCUACAAAUCCUCCUUCCGCGCUCUGUACUUCAGCAUGCUUGACGAAGCACACAAGGAACCGUCCGUGUACAAACUCGUCUGCGUUGGUGAAGAGGAGCGCGUGGUAGGUAUGCACAUCAUCGGUCUUGGAAGUGACGAGAUCACCCAAGGAUUUGGAGUUGCCGUCAAGAUGGGUGCGACAAAGAAGGAUUUCGACGAUACGGUUGCGAUCCACCCCACCUCUGGUGAGGAGCUCGUGACGAUGCGUUGAGUACGUGCAGACGCACACUGUGAUUCAGGUAGAGGUUGUGAAUGGCGAGGUGAUUGUAGAGCUUUUGUAGAGGCAAGCUGGGAUUCCUUUUCCUUUCUACAGUGUUUGUCUUCUUGCGAUGUUGAUGGACGAAGGGAUAACAGAAGCGUAGACUGUAAACAAGCUGAACUUCAUUAAAGGACACUACACUAAACGAAACAAACAAAACGAAAAGGCAGAGUUGUAUUAUAUACUGUUUAGCGUGGACAAG